GGCUUCCUGCACCGGCAGUUCGGGGCGCUGCUCCAGCCCGGCGUCAACAAGUUCUCGCUGCGGAUGUUCGGCUCGCAGAAGGCGGUGGAGCGCGAGCAGGAGCGCGUCAAGUCCGCCGGCGCCUGGAUCAUCCACCCCUACAGCGACUUCAGGUUCUACUGGGACUUUACCAUGCUUCUCUUCAUGGUGGGAAACCUGAUUAUUAUCCCCGUCGGGAUCACCUUCUUCAAAGACGAGACCACAGCUCCCUGGAUCGUGUUCAACGUUGUGUCCGACACCUUCUUCCUCAUGGACCUGGUGAUGAACUUCCGGACAGGCAUCGUCAUUGAGGACAACACUGAUAUCAUCCUGGACCCCGAGAGGAUCAAGAAGAAGUACCUGAAGACCUGGUUCAUGGUGGACUUUGUCUCCUCCAUCCCUGUGGAUUAUAUCUUCCUCAUCGUGGAGCAGGGCAUCGAUUCGGAGGUCUACAAGACCGCCCGGGCCUUGCGCAUCGUCCGGUUUACCAAGAUCCUGAGUCUCCUGCGGUUGUUGCGCCUCUCUCGGCUGAUCCGCUAUAUCCAUCAAUGGGAGGAGAUUUUCCACAUGACGUACGACCUGGCGAGUGCCGUGAUGCGGAUCAUCAACCUGAUCGGCAUGAUGCUCCUCUUGUGCCACUGGGACGGAUGCCUCCAGUUCCUGGUGCCCAUGCUGCAGGAUUUCCCAAGCGACUGCUGGGUCUCCAUCAAUGGCAUGGUGAACGACUCCUGGAGCGAGCUGUAUUCCUUCGCCCUCUUCAAGUCCAUGAGCCACAUGUUGUGCAUCGGGUACGGGCGGCAGGCGCCGGAGAGCAUGACCGACAUCUGGCUGACCAUGCUGAGCAUGAUCGUGGGGGCCACCUGCUACGCCAUGUUCAUCGGGCACGCCACGGCCCUCAUCCAGUCCCUGGACUCCUCUCGGCGGCAGUAUCAGGAGAAGUACAAGCAAGUGGAGCAGUACAUGUCCUUUCACAAACUGCCUGCGGACUUCCGGCAGAAGAUCCACGACUACUACGAGCAUCGUUACCAAGGCAAAAUGUUUGACGAGGACAGCAUCUUAGAGGAGCUCAACGAGCCCUUGCGAGAGGAGAUAGUCAACUUCAACUGCCGUAAGCUCGUGGCCACCAUGCCCCUCUUUGCCAACGCCGACCCCAACUUCGUCACGGCCAUGCUGACGAAGCUGAAGUUCGAGGUCUUCCAGCCAGCCGACUACAUCAUCCGCGAAGGGACCAUCGGCAAGAAGAUGUACUUCAUCCAGCACGGCGUGGUCAGCGUCCUCACCAAAGGCAACAAAGAGAUGAAGCUCUCGGAUGGCUCCUACUUCGGAGAGAUUUGCCUGCUGACCAGGGGCCGACGAACCGCGAGCGUCCGAGCCGACACCUACUGCCGUCUCUAUUCUCUCUCGGUGGACAACUUCAACGAGGUCCUGGAGGAGUACCCCAUGAUGAGGCGGGCUUUUGAAACGGUUGCCAUCGAUCGCCUUGACCGCAUAGGCAAGAAGAACUCCACCCUCCUCCACAAGGUCCAGCACGACCUCAGCUCGGGGGUCUUCAACAACCAGGAGAACGAGAUCAUCCAGGAGAUCGUCAAGUACGACCGGGAGAUGGUGCAGCAGGCCGAGUUCCGGCAGCAGCACGCGGCCCUCUACGGCCCACCCCCGCCCCCGCCCCAGGCGAACUCGGCCAUCGCCACCCUCCAGCAGGCGGUCGCCAUGAGCUUCUGCCCCCAGAUGGCCAGCCCGCUGGUGGGCCCCAUGGGCGUGGGCUCGCCGCGGAUGGUGCGCCGCCUGCAGUACCAGAGCGCCCUCCCGGGCCCCUUUUCCAUUUCCCCGGCGUUGCUGCAGCAGCAGCCACAGCCGCCGCCGCAACUGACCUUGCAGCAGCAAACCAGCCUGCAGCACCCGCCAACCCAGAGCCCUCUCGCCAGCCGGACGUUCCCGUACGGGGGCGACAAAGGUCAGUCUGGCUCCCAGCUCUCGCUGACGCAGCAGAAGCCCCCCGGCUCGCCCCAGCGGCUGGCCGCCCACAAGAGCACACAGGCCCUCCCGACGAGCAGCCUCAGCCAGGAGUCCCGGCCGCUCUCGGCCUCUCAGCCCUCCCUGCCCCACGGCGUCUCUCAGACCAUGAGCCAGAGCCCCCCUUCGUCGGCUCACGAGUCUGACUCUUCGAUCGCGGGGGGCCAGGGGGCUUCGUCGCAGAGUUCGGGGGGUGCCCCUCAAGCCGCGCCCCGGGGAGCCGCCCAGCCGCCGCCCCGUGUGAGUCUGCCCCACCAGAUGUCCACGGCCGCGGCCCACCCGGGGGCAGCCGCGGGCGUCCCGCAGGACUCGGGCGUUGCCCGCAAGGAUUCCAUAGUUAGCGUCCCCGAAACGGACCCAGCAAAAUCCAGGCUUUCUUCCAACUUGUGA